AUGUCAGCGACCACUCCCACGAACAAGACUGAGAACCGUGCCGAUGAGCAGGUCAGGUUCCUGGUCUGCUGCAUCAAGCAUGCCAACAAUGGCAAGCCCAAUUUUGAUGCCGUGGCCCAGGAGAUGAACAUCGUCUCCAAGGCAGCUGCCCAGAAACGAUACGAGCGUUUGCUCAAGGCCCACGCCGCGAGGGCCGCUUCUAAGGAGUCUGACGACACGGACAUUGCCCAAACUCCCCAGUCGACCCCAGUCAAGAGAAAGAACGUCCGUGGCACUCCCGUCAGCGCCAAGAAGGUCAAGGUCGAAGUCGUCAAGAAGGAAGAAGAGCAGUCUCCCCAGCCGGUCCGCGAGACUGCACGUGUCCGCGAGACUGCACCCGAGCCAUCUUCCCCUGAGUCCGCCGACGAGCGCAAUAAGGAACAGAAGGACGAGGCCGUCAAGCAGGAGGUCAAGGACGACUCUGACCUCUCUGGUGCGUCUGCCGACCACGGCAAUCGUCCCAAGAAAUAA